AUGGUCCUAGAAGAGGACCCGUUCGCUCCCGAGAUCAUGGCGGUCCCUUUACCUAAAGGCUUCAAGCAGCCUAUUAUAGAGGCUUAUGACGGGGUCACAAAUCCACUUGACCAUCUGCGGACCUUUGUUGAUCUGAUGAGACUCUAUGCAGCACCCAAUGCGAUAAUGUGCCGGUCUUUUCCCCCAACUCUCAGGAGGGAAGCUAGAGACUGGGUGGCAACACUUUUUCCCUCGGAGAAAGAUGAGUCUUUGCAGGAAUAUCUGGCCAGAUUUAACCGUGCGACCCUUGGAAUAGAGGAUCUUCAGAUGUCGACAGUGGUGACUGCAUUGAUGAAUGGAACUCGAAAUCGGGCUUUUAAGAUGUCACUUUCUAAGAACCCCCCAAAAUCAAUGCACGACCUAUUGAAAAAGGGAGACAAGUAUGUUGAUGCUGAGGAGGCGGAGAAGUUCACAAAGAACCUCAGAGAGGGAUGGGAAGUAGAAAGUCACAAGCGCAAGGCGGGGGACGAGUUAAGACCUGCUAACAAAAAUAGGCCAAGGAGUGAGAAGAUAGUGAAAGAAGCCGCCCAAGAUCGGCCAGCCAGGCACAAACGAGAGGAGUCCAGGGCGUUCACCCCUUUGAACACCCCUCGUGCCAAACUAUUGAUGGAAAUACGAGAUAUGAAAGAGUUAGAAUGGUUGAGACCCAUGGUAACGCUAGCGAGCAAAAGAAACCAGGGCAGAUAUUGUCAUUUUCACAAGGAUCACGGGCAUGAUACUGAAGAGUGCCUGCAACUAAAGGAGGAGAUCGAGCGCCUCCUAAGGCAGGGUCUCCUGACAAGUAUGUGUAGGACAACCGGGGGAAGCAAAAGAUGGAGGGUCGUCCUCCACCUAGGGCCGGAGUGA